UAUAGAUGAUAUAGGUACCGAUAUAUUUGUCAACAAACGUUUUAUAAAGACAAUAGCGAUUCAUAGAAACUAUUCAAUACGUUUUAAAAAUGGUAGAUUUUAAUAGGAAGUUAGUGUUGCCUUUUAAGAUUUUUGUAACAAAAUGCAUUAAUUUGUGUGUUAUCUCAUAAAGGAGGAAUGGAGAUACAAAAUAAACGAAAUCCUUUGGUUAGAUAAUAGAUUGAUCGGAACCAGAUCAUUUAGAUAAUAUAUAAAGGAACUCAGAUUAUCGGCAUAACACUUAUAAAUGGGACAAUGGUCUAGACUCGCAUCUUUCUUCAUCAUUGUCUUCUAGUUGCAUGCGGUUGUGUAUAUUUAAAAUUUUAUGUAAGAAAAGAGAGCGGAGAAUUACAUAAGUAUAACGUGUAACGAUAAGCUAAGUUGAUAUCAGUUAUUUUGAGCUGGAUUUGUAAUUUGUUUUCGAGCGCCGAACGCAACAAAUUUUGAAUUCCUGCCGUCAGCUGUAAGGCUGCUUUCGACUGGACAAUUCUAGUUUUCGAUGGCUUUUAGUAUAGGUUACGUAGGGGUGUGUGAGAAGAACAUUCAGCAUUUAUAUACAACAAGGACUUUAAAGAAACCUGCUACACGAAAGUCGCCACAGUACAAGCCUGGAUUCUUGAACGAUUUAGACGCGGAACGAAAGCAGCGCCUAAGAAAUCGACCAUUCAUGGAGUACGAUUCCAAAAACGAUAUAGAGCUCCCCAAAGCAGCGGCGUUCCGAAACAUACCGAAACCGGAAGUAGAUGAAAUUGUCAAGCGUCUGACAAUGCCGCCAAAAGAAAGGUUCCAUUUUCAGUAUACGGAUCACCUUGGUUAUAAUGACUGGCGAACUGCUCGUGAAGAGAAAAUACACCAUUUGAGAGAAACAAUUAGUAUGUUUGGUGGAAGUAGGGAUCAUCUGAUAAGGCGGGAGUCUCAUAAGAAGAGUAAGAAGGAGAAAAGGCAUAAGAAAAAUGUCAAACAAAAGGACGGAGAGACAUUACCUGUUCUUUAGGAACUAAAUUACAUGAAAAGUGACUUUUAAGCAUUUUUAGAUUUUCUACUCACUGCUUGUAUCUAUUUUUUCUUUCGAUAUUUCAUUUACUGUUUCGAAAACAAAUUUGUAUCAAAUUUUCAAUCGAAACCUUGAUCAUCGUAUAGGAAAUGAUCUAUCUAAGGGAAUAAAUACUCAUACUUAUAUGUUUCACUGAAAAAUAAGAAAGUAAUGGCAGUUUUUUCGAAUAUUGCUGCCGUCUGAUUCGGCAUUGUUGUAACGCUAAGAUACACACAAGAAUACAAAAAUAAUUAAGUGUUUAUGGUCUCGGCUAAACUUGAAAUGAUGAAAAAUGGAAUCAAAAAACCAAAUCUAAUAAAAUGACUACCAGGAUAUUGUAUAUACAGCUUGUGCAGCAAAGUGAACGUUAUUUAUUUGGUUAUGACGUGUUUCUUUCAUACAACGAUUGAAGUGGUUGGUGUUGUAUAUAUACCCGGUAUUUAACAUGUUUAUCUAAUACAGUUGAAACGGAAGUUGAGCCGUGCCAUGAGAAAACCAA